AUGUUUAGUUAUUUUAAAAAAGUAAAAGUUUCAAAAGACGAUUUGCUGCCAUCCAUCUAUGAUUAUGAAAUAAAAAAAUUAGAUGGUACAACAAUUUCAAUGUCUACUUUUAAAAAUAAAACUUUAAUUAUUUUUAAUUCAGCAUCUAAAUGUGGAUUAACAAAAAAUCACAUUAAUCAAUUUAAUAUAUUGCAUGAAAAAUUUAAUUCAAAAGGAUUAGAAAUAUUAGCAUUUCCAACUUAUCAAUUUUUAAAUCAAGAGUUUCAAGAUUCCAGUGACAUUUGUUCAUUUAAUGAAAGCAAUCAAAUAAAAUAUAAUAUGUAUGCUCCUAUUGAUGUUAAUGGAGAUAAAACACAUCCAUUAUUUAAAUUUUUGAAAGCGAAUUGUGAUUCAAUGCAUGAUGAAAACGGAACAUUAAAAAGUAUUGGAUGGAAUUUUGGAAAGUUUAUAGUUGACAAAAAUGGAAAUGUUGUUAAUUAUUUUUCACCUAAAACAAAUCCAUUAGAUUUAGAAAAUUAUAUUAGUGAAUUGUUAUAA